AUAUUAUCCGCCAACAUUGCUCAAUCUUUAAAAAUUCAAGAAUAUUAGAAAACUGUCCAUCUCUCUGAGAGUGAAAAUGGAGAUAUCAGUUGCGUUAGUAACAGUUUCAGUAGCUAUAGUUCUUGUGUCGUCGUGGACAUGGAGAACAUUAAAGUUGGUUUGGUUUAGACCAAAGAUGCUUGAGAGUUACUUGAGAAGACAAGGUCUCUCCGGUACUCCGUACACGCCUCUCAUCGGCGAUUUAAAGAGAAACUUUAGUAUGACGAUGGAUGCAAGAUCCAAACCCAUCAAACUAACGGAUGAUAUCUCACCACGUGUCAUGCCUUUUCCAUUCGAAAUGCUCAAGAAUCAGGGAAGGACGUUUUUUACAUGGCUUGGAACUACACCAACCAUCACUAUAAUGGAUCCUGAGCAAAUGAAGGAAGUGUUCAACAAAAUUUAUGAUUUCCAGAAGCCACAUACGUUCCCUUUGCGUAACGUGGUAGCCAAGGGACUCGCUAAGUAUGAUGGUGAGAAAUGGGCGAAACACCGAAGAAUCAUCAACCCGGCAUUCCACCUUGAGAAAAUCAAGAAUAUGGUACCUGCGUUCCACCAAAGCUGCAGCCAGGUUGUUGGCAAAUGGGAAAAGUUAGUCUUGGAUAAAGGAUCCUCAUGUGAGGUGGACGUGUGGCCAGGGCUUGUGAGCAUGACUGCAGAUGUGAUCUCUCGUACUGCUUUUGGCAGCAGCUACAAAGAAGGACAGAGGAUAUUUGAGCUCCAAGCGGAACUAGCACAGCUCAUGAUGCUAACUUUUCUGAAAUCUUUCAUCCCUGGAUAUCUUUAUCUCCCAACAAAGAAUAAUAGAAGGAUGAAGGCAGCAUCCAGAGAAAUCCAUGUUAUACUGAGAGGGAUCAUUAACAAAAGGUUAAGGGCUAGAGAAGCUGGAGAAGCACCAAGUGACGAUUUGCUAGGUAUACUUCUUGAAUCAAAUUCAGGGCAAGCUAAAGGAAAUGAAAUGAGCAUUGAAGAUGUGAUGGAGGAGUGUAAGUUGUUCUAUUUCGCUGGACAGGAGACAACUUCAGUGCUUCUGGUCUGGACAAUGGUUCUGUUAAGUCAACACCAAGAGUGGCAAGCUCGCGCACGGGAAGAAGUGAAGCAAGUUUUUGGAGACAAAGAACCAAACACAGAAGGCUUGAACCAGCUCAAAGUUAUGACGAUGAUUCUUUAUGAGGUCCUUAGGCUAUAUCCUCCAGCAGCGCAGCUGACCCGAGCCAUUCACAAAGAGAUGAAGCUAGGCGACCUGACACUACCAGGAGGCGUUCAGAUCAAUCUACCUAUUCUGCUAGUCCAUCGCGACAUACAGCUAUGGGGUAAAGAUGCAGCGGAGUUCAAGCCAGAGAGGUUCGAAGACGGUGUCUCAAAGGCAACAAAGGGGCAAGUUUCUUUUUUUCCCUUUGGGUGGGGACCAAGGAUCUGCAUUGGCCAGAAUUUUGCUCUGAUGGAGACAAAGAUGGCUCUUGCUUUGAUGCUACAGAGAUUCUCCUUUGAGCUUUCUCCUUCCUAUGUUCAUGCUCCUUACACAGUCUUGACACUGCAGCCACAGUCCGGUGCUCAUCUUAUCCUACACAAGAUUAGUUCCACCACCCAAUGUGAUGUUUUUAAAAAGAGCUUCUUACGGUAAGAGUUUAGAUUAUUUAUGUUCGCCGGAAGUGGAUAGAACAAGGAAAGGUCGGGUAACAAAAUAUUAAUGUUUCCGGAUUAUUUAUAUUUACGUAUUUAUAGAACUUCCUAACUAUACCGCCAUAUGUUGGUUUUUCACACCCUAACUUUCGAUAUUUUUAAAUUCCUCCCUUAUUUUGUAAUAUGUGGUACUACAAGUCCACAGAUCUUGGUGGAGAGUACUAACGGCAGAUUUGUGUCCAUGCUGUGAGCCGCUGCAAAAUUUCAUACAUGUGUUUUGAAUUCGAGCUUAAAUGGUCCUCCUUCUCAUAGAUAUUUGAAUUAAUGACUCGAAAAUAUAUGCUUUGGUUUAACUAGUGUUAAUAUGGUUGUUAAUGGCGAUUAACUAGACUGAUAAAGUUAGCGGAUUUUGCACCAAAAAAUAAAAGAGUUAGCGGAUAUAUCUCGGAAUCCACUUAGCAAUUAGAAUUAGGUUUGAUUUAUACCGUAUUGAAUAAGAAAUUAACAAUAUAUUUUUAUAUAUGAUUUGAAAACAAAAGUGUGUUUUUAUUGAGUAUAAACGAUGCUAAUUUAUCAAUGUGUAGAUACUGAGUUUGACAUACUGAGUUUGAGAAGUUUAAAAUUUACUUACUUAAUUAAAUCACUUUAAGAUCUAUAUUAAUAAAGUUGCUUAGAAAGGCUCCUUAGAGUGCCACGUCAUCCUUCCAUGUUCCUUUUUCCACCACGUGUCCUCUCACCCAAACGAUACUUCUCAUUGUUUCAUUACUUCCUUUCGUGUAUUGGGCUUUAAUAAUAUGCAGGCCUGUCGAAGCUCAAAAAUGGUUUGCCCCAUAUCUCAUCUUCUUCGUCGGCUGACAUACCGGACGUUUAGCCUCCAUGAAACCACCGUCAUAACAUUUCUCUUCAGAUUUCACCAUAAAGAUUUUCCUUUAUGUCCGUCCUUUCCAGCUAAUCCUACGACAUGCUGAUUUCUAAACGGUUCUCUAUCAGUGGGAAGAAUAUUGAUGUUUGAUUCUCUAUCAGCGGAAAGAAUGGUUUCAUGAUAUGUCGUCCUCUUCUUUGAUAUUGCUGUUUUGGUUCUGAAAAUUUCGCAGAGAUUCAGUCCCACAUGUAUUCCAUUUGAUUCGGUCUAUGAAUUUAUUGAUUCUUUUCGUUUUUGUUAGGGAAAAGUUAUUAAGUCAGGGCAUGCUGCCAAAUUGUUGAUAGAGGCGCUGCUUCAGCGGUUCUUGGCUCUCGCAAGACGAUGAAUUGAGGCUGCUCAAGCUCAGGGAGAAACUGUUACAAUAGAAGUACGAUCGUAAGGAUAUUUGGAACCUCCUCUGCAGCUGAAGAAAUCAUAAGCUUGACAGUUCAAUUUUCUUACACACAGCUCUUCAUGAUGAGACUUCGUCGACUCUGCUUCUGGUGAGUUUAGCUUUCAUUCAUAAACAGAGGAAUAACAAAGGAAAAGUUUGACUCUUGAGAUUCAAGUUCCGUGAGCUUCAGUAGAUACAAUAGGAUAUUAGACAGUACGAGUACAAGAAACAGGCGGUUAUAGCGUAAGAAGGGCAACAGCGGGUCGUGAUGGAGCUUGAUACGACAUGGAGUGUCAUUGCAGAUCUAAAACUGGAACUAGCAUUGGCCGAGCAAACCAAGACUCUCAUCUUGCAAAGCUUAGAGUGGAGGAAAUGGAGCAAGGGAUAGCUAACGAGUCGAGUGUUGCAGCCAAAACACGGCUUGAGGUGGAUAAGCGAGACAUUUGUCAGCAGCUAGGAAAUGAAAGAGAAGAGAUAAAUGGUCUCUAACUUACAGAAGUUAAGUCCAAUAUUGAAAAAGCAAUUUAUGUCAUUUUAUAAGGAUUUAUGACAUCUAAAUGAUUUUAAAAGGUGCUUUUAAAAACUUUACAAAACGGUAUGAAUAUCAGAUUAGUUUGUAAAUGAUUUAUGAACUUUACAAAUGAUUUAGUAUCUUUUUAAAAAUA